AUGCAGAGUUAUAUAGUGUAUAUGAGGAGCCCUUCAAGUGGUGAUGCCCCCAAGUCAAUGCUUCACAUGAGCAUGCUCCAACAAGCCCUUGGCAGUGAUGGAGCAGCAAAUGCUCUUGUACACAGCUACAAGAGGUGUAUCAACGGGUUCGUUGCGACGCUCAAGGAAGAAGAUGUUCAGAAAGUUGCUGCAAUGGAAGGAGUGGUUGCCGUGUUCCCAAAUGGAAAGAAACAUCUGCACACUACAAGAUCAUGGGACUUCAUAGGAUUUCCAGAAAAAGUGGAAAGAUCAAGAACAGAAAGUGAUAUAAUAAUAGGAAUACUUGACUCUGGAAUCUGGCCUGACUCCCCCAGCUUCAAUGACUCUGGACUUGGUCCCCCACCCUCCAAAUGGAAGGGAUCCUGCUAUAAUAUCACUUGCAACAAUAAAAUCAUUGGAGCAAAAUAUUUCCGAAGUGACAGAACAUUUGGUGAAAAUGAUAUCAUAUCGCCAAUAGAUUCUAAAGGCCAUGGAACACACACUGCGUCAACAGCUGCUGGUGGGUUAGUGAGCUCAGCAAGCUUUUAUGGUCUGGGAUUCGGAACAGCAAGAGGAGGUGUGCCAUCAGCAAGAAUAGCAGCGUACAAGGUUUGUUGGUCCGAUGGAUGUCAAGACGCAGACAUUCUUGCAGCUUUUGAUGAAGCAAUCUCUGAUGGGGUCGACAUAAUCUCUGUCUCACUUGGAGGUCAAUCAAUUCAACAUUAUUUCAGUGAUUCAAUUGCCAUUGGAGCUUUUCAUGCUAUGAAAAAUGGGAUCUUGACCUCCACUUCUGCCGGCAACGAUGGUCCCAAACUUACGACCACCAUUAGUGUGGCUCCUUGGACUCUUUCUGUGGCUGCCACUACCAUGGAUAGAAAGUUCCUCACCAAAAUUCAGUUUGGGGAUGAUACGGUUUUUGAGGGAAGUUCAAUAAAUACCUUUGACUUGAAUAACACUAAGUAUCCUCUGGUCUAUGGUGGGGAUGUACCAAACACCCUUAAAGGCUAUAAUAGCUCUAUAUCCAGGCUUUGCUUAGAAGACUCAAUGGACCAGAAUUUAGUGAAAGGGAAAAUAGUUGUUUGUGAUGGCCAUUAUGGACCUAAAAAAAUUGGACUUGCAUCUGGUUCUACUGGAGUCAUAAUAAAUUUUCAAGGAGAACUUCCUGAUAUUAGUUUUGCUUUUGCCUUGCCAGCAUCCAUCGUCAAUCCAGUGAAUAGUGACAUCUUACGCCACAUGAGAAUCGGCCACAACAUAACUGCAACCAUAUUGAAGAGCAGCCAGGCCAACAAUACUUUAGCUCCUGUUGUAGCCUCCUUUUCUUCAAGGGGUCCCAACCUAGUUACACUUGACAUUCUCAAACCGGAUAUAGCAGCACCGGGAUCAAAUAUUUUGGCUGCGUGGUCUCCAAGUUCGCCUCCUUCUGGAGUAAAAGGAGACAUAAGACAAGUAGAUUAUUCUAUCGCUUCAGGGACAUCAAUGGCAUGCCCUCAUGUUACUGCGGUAGCUGCUUACAUCAAAUCCUUCCACCCUUCUUGGUCUCCUGCAGCAGUCAAGUCUGCAAUUAUGACCACAGCUACACCAUUGGAGUCUCUAAAGAAUGAUGCUGAGUUUGCAUAUGGAUCUGGCCAUAUAAAUCCAACCAAGGCACUAAAUCCUGGUUUGGUAUACGAUGCUAAUGAAACCGACUACAUCAACUUCCUAUGUGGACAAGGUUACAAUGACACAUUGCUUCAAGUUGUAACCGGAGAAAGCAAAACUUGUUCUGGAGUCACCCAUGGCAGUGUGUGGGAUUUAAACUACCCUUCUUUUGCCGUCUCCACUACUUCUACUGAAUUCGAUACCCGAGUUUUCACAAGGACUGUCACCAAUGUUGGGUCACCAACUUCCACAUACGAAGCCACUGUGAGUGCUCCAGAAGGAAUCGACAUACAAGUGAACCCUCCAAGGUUGUCGUUCAGUUCCUUGGGACAGAAGCUGUCGUUUACUGUUAGUGUCAGUGGAUUUGUAACUUCCUUAGCUUCUGCUUCUUUGGUCUGGAAUGAUGGCACCUACCAAGUGAGAAGCCCUAUUGCAGUGUUUUUAUAUUAUGUUGAUGAUAAUUAA